UUGCGUGGUUUCAAAUUAGAAUAAUAGAAAUGUGCUUUUAGAUUAUAUAAUUCUUAUUACUUGCAUCUAGACAAAUCCCAUUUUCAUUUUUUGUGAUUUGAUUAAGAAUUAUGAAAUGUUUUUGCGGGUGCUAACUUAUACUAUUACAAUGUGAUUUGCAGGCAUGUUAUGUAUGGUGCUGAAAAUUUGAGAGUCGUCUCCAAAAAUCACAGGUGGAUUUUCCAAAUGGUUCUGAAAUUUGUAACUUUACAGGUAGGAACUAGGAGAUUGAUUUGGAUUAUGGGGUUGAUGUGUGCUCUGAUUUUAGUGUUCCAGAGCUUUAAAAUUCUACCUUCUUUAAAAAUUCAGCAAAAUGGGGACUCACCCUAUUCCAAAUCUGAGUUUAUAGGUAAUAAUAUGAAGAAAAAUAGAACUGUGAAGCCACCAAAUUUAGGAUAUGUGGAUAUGGGCCUUUUACAGGAGGAAGCUAGAGAAUUUCAAACCCCUUCUUCUCCUGUUAUACCCUUAGCUAGUUUAACAUCAUAUACAAAAGUAAUAGAUUUAGAACCAAAGCCAAGUAUUGGCUCUCCUACAAUGUCUGGAAAAUUAAAGACAAUUGCUUUUCAGGAGAAAAAAUCUGACCCAGUUGAUAGUACCUUAAGUAAUCCAUCAUUACAUACAACAUCAGUAGUUUUAGAUUCAAUUAUUGGCUCUCCACCCACAACUGAAAAUUACAACAUAUCCAUAAUUAGGAUAAAAAGAACAAAACUUUCUCAGAAAAAGAAAAUUUCCGAGUCAGUGUAUAGUGACCUGAGCAAAGUAGACAGUAAUUCUCCCAUUGAUAAGGAAAACAAGAAUAAUACCACUCUAGCCACAUCUGGUAAUUCCAACACCUCUUUAGUAAAGAAAAAGAGAGCAUACAUAUCUCAGAAAAAGAGAAAAUCCGAGUCAGUGGAUAGUCACUUGAGCAAAAAGGGCAAAAAUUCUUCAUUGAACAAAGUCUACAAGAGGAAUCAUGGGUCUAAGAUUCCUGUUUCUGGUGCAUAUUCAGUAUCUGAGAUGAACAAUUUGUUAAUUCAGAGUCGUGCCUCCUACCAUUCAGUGAUUGCGCAGUGGUCCUCAGCAGUUGACCAUGAAUUGCAAGAUGUGACAUUACAGAUUGAGAAUGCACCUGUUGUACAGAAUGAUCCAGUUCUAUAUGCCCCUCUUUAUAGGAAUGUUUCCAUUUUUAAAAGAAGCUAUGAAUUAAUGAAACAGACACUUAAAGUUUACAUUUACAAGGAAGGAGAGAGACCAAUACUACACACACCAAUACUCCAGGGAAUAUAUGCUUCCGAAGGAUGGUUUAUGAAGCAGCUGGAAGCUAAUGAAGAAUUUGUAACCAAAGAUCCCCACAAAGCCCAUUUGUUUUACUUGCCUUUUAGCUCUCAAAUGUUGAGGGAAAUAUUAUACGUACCUAAUUCACACAAUCGUAGGAACAUUGUACAAUACCUGAAAAACUACUUGGAUGCAAUUGCGGAAAAAUAUCCAUUCUGGAAAAGGACAGGCGGAGCAGAUCAUUUCCUUGUUGCCUGCCAUGACUGGGCUCCAAAAGAGACAAGUAGAUAUAUGGCCAAGUGCAUUAGAGCCCUUUGCAAUGCUGAUGUUGGAGGAGGUUUUGGUUUUGGCAAGGAUGUUUCUCUUCCUCAAACCUAUAUUUACUUGCCUAAUGAUACUCUGAGAGGCCUUGGAGGCAAACCUGCUUCAGAGAGAUCAACACUAGCAUUCUUUGCGGGGAGAAUGCAUGGUUACGUUAGGCCUAUUCUGCUAGAGCACUGGGAGAAUAAAGAUCCUGACAUGAAAAUCUUUGGUAAGUUGCCUAAAACUGCUGACGAAAAUGUCUAUACCAGUUACAUGAAGAGCAGCAAGUACUGUAUUUCUGCAAAAGGUUAUGAAGUCAACAGUCCGAGGGUCAUUGAGGCGAUUUUCUACGAGUGUGUGCCAGUGAUCAUAUCUGACAAUUAUGUGCCUCCAUUUUUUGAUGUUCUGAACUGGGAAUCCUUUGCUGUAUUUGUGUUAGAGAAAGACAUUCCCAACUUGAAGAAGAUACUUGUUUCAAUCCCAGAGAAGAGAUAUAGAGAAAUGCAGAUGAUGGUGAAAAGGGUUCAACAGCAUUUUCUGUGGCAUGCCAAGCCUGUGGAUUUUGAUAUGUUUCAUAUGAUACUUCACUCUAUUUGUCUGCAAGGGAAGGAAUUAGAUCUUGUUAGCGGACGGAAUGAUCUCAUUAAUGGAGACUUGGAGAUGAUAAAGAUUUCGUGUCCGAUGACAGAUUGUUGCGAAGCUUGAAGGAGUAUCAAGACACUCUUGUUCCCACAGUACUACUGAGAGAAUCUGCGAAGCUCCGAUAGUGCUUUAGAAACAACCAUGCUAGUCGAGAGGGUGACAGUUCAUGUGACCUGCACACAAUGGGUGUCAGAGCUCAAAGAACUAUCAUAGUCCAUCUCCACCAUUGUCUCAGAGUUCACAAGUGGUGGCCAUCUCACCUUUAGUUUCGUUGCAUUAUUUUGUUCAUGAUGAAAUUAUGCAUGUAACGGGUUUUUAUUUCAUGACUGAGUGCUAUAUAUAUUAGAUUCAAUAGUAAAAAAUAUAUACAUGAAUAUCUCUGU